UAUAAAACAUGAUGAUGGCCUGAAGACGGCACAGUCCAUCGGAUUCACUAGUACAGUUUAGUUUGUGAGCAGUCACACAAAAACCCAAGCAAAAUGAUCGCCAAAUUCGUUAUCGUCCUGGCUCUAGCCGUAGCCGCCAACGCUGGCGCAAUCCCCUUGGCCGCUCCUGCCGCCGUCGUCGCCGCCGCCCCUGCGGCGUAUGUCGCGCCCUACGCCAGCUCAUACUCCGCCCACGCCGUCAACCACGCAGUCGCGACCCCCUACGUUGCGGCCCCCGCGGCCCCCCUCGUCGCGGCCCCAGCUGCCCCCCUCGUCGCGGCCCCAGCUGCCCCCUACGUUGCAGCCCCUGCAGCUCCAGUUGUGGCCGCCGCUGCCCCCUACUACUCCGCUAGAUACCUCGCCUCCCCCUACUACCUAUAAACGAAUUUGGUGACAUCAUUGCCUUAGUGACUUGCUCAAAUGUAUUGUUAUUAUAUGAGAUUCUAAACUA